AAACGACUCCGAUAGUUGAAGCUGACAAUUUCUCCGCCUCAGAGCGAAGGCUGGUCCGAAUAGUUUUGAAUAUGUAAUUUGCAGAUCUUUCAAGGAUUCUAUCACAAUGGCCUCCAUCUUAUCCUACGUUCCUCUGGUGAACCGGCUCCUCGCAGGUUCGGGCAAGCCCAAGGAGGGCAUCCACAUCCCACCGGUCGAGGUGCACAAUGUUGAGGCCUCGCCGGAGAAGCGGCCGCGGACGCUGAAGCACCUACUCAGGGCAAACCAUGUCAACCACUCGAUCCUUUACCACAAUCUCGAGUUCGACAACCAUAUGCCUCAUCUUCUAUCUUCGGCCUACCUUUUGGGCGCCAGCGCGUCGCAACUUCACCACUUAUACGACACGGAAGCCAAGGAGCUGGAGCCGUGGGAGGACUCGCCCCAGGAGGUCGUCGAGGAGGACUGGAGGGACUUCCUCGGCGACAGGCAAUACCAGCGGGCAUAUGUGGACUUUUUCGAGGACAGCCUCUCGUCGCACGCCUACUCGUAUGACUGGAAGAAGGUCGUGGACAAGUACAUGUUUCAAGGCGAAGAGCCCUUAGUCAACUGUCUCAUCGCAGGCCUUGGACAUCCUCUCAUCCACCUCAGCUACGCAUACGAGAUGGACAGCAAAGACAUAGCCAUGGAGGCCCUGGGCCUGGCAGCGACCCAGUACAACUUCCUGCACAAAUACACCGACGACCCAUCGUACACCCGGCCGUCGCCGAUCGCCCCCGCGUCGCCCGCCGAGCUGCUCGACAAGCUGUCCGCGGACAAGCGCUUCGACGGGCUCUUCUCGAAGCCGGGCUUCGAGAACAUCCAGCCGGCGUUCGACAAGCACGAAGACCUCAUCCUGGAGUAUUGGAACGCGUGGGGACCGGAGGGCGACCCGGUGCGGGAGUUUGAGCGGUCGCAGGAGGCGGCGGUGGCGCUGCUCGUGGCGACGGUGCCGCCGGGGGCGCACUCGUACAACUUCUUCUUCGUGCACGCGCUCACGACCAGCCACGCCGUCAGGGUCCUGCUGCCCUUCAUCCCCGCCCGAUUCCACGUCGGCGUGGUCCGCCAGUGGUGGCUUCUCGUGCUGGCCGUGUACAUCGCCGAGCUGCGGCCGCGGAUCGACCCCGACUUCGUCCCCGGAGACCUCGGCGGGAAGGGCUGGGCGUACGUCGAAGACAAGGCGCUCAAUUCGCCGUGGGCGGUGGGGGCGCAUUACGUGAAGGCAAUUCGGGCGAUGAAGGAGGCGGCGAGGACAUGGGGAGACGUCCAUGAGCGGUAUCUCGCCUCGGCGGUGAGAUUUGUCGAUGAUUUCCACGGCUGGACUUUUUGAGAGGGAGGGCUAAAAUUGAGUGAGUAGUUUCAGAUUGACUCGCCCUGCUUAUGUACAAGACUGUCUCAUGAGAUUGUGAUAUCUACGAGAAAGCUAUGGAACUAUUUGGUAUAUUAAAUGUCGGAUAAUUGGAUCAUGCCCCGUUCCACUCUAGCACUCAGAAUGAAUGUGCUCAUGGGUGGAUGUCUGUCCUCCAGUCUAUGUCAGUAUAAUAAAGUCAUCAAACUGCAAUAAUUCAAACCACAUGGGUCUGAUGUCCGAUGAAUCCGCGAGUUUCUUCCAUUCUGUAAAUAAAUCCCCUAUACCGUUACGUGGGGGUCCAGCAUGUGUCAGAGCCUAGACCGGUCGCGAACAGCCGGGGAUCUGGGGCCGCGUGGGGUAUUUUUAGACGCUAAGGCCCGGGGAGCUGCACCUAUGACGGGUGUAUCCCCUUAAUAUGCCA